AGCAACAACAGCAACCACUUCAUCAAUUUCAUAUUUCAUAGCUCAUCAUGCACUCCAUCUUACAGGCACUACAACUCGCUUAUCUCAUCGGCCUCACCUCCUCCUCCUUCAUAUCAGCAGCCGUCAUCCCCGUUUCCAUCCAUCUCUCCCGCGACACCACCUCCAACGAUACUUCCAUCGACGACUCCUCCGACUCCUCUUCAUCCACCGACAUACUACCCAACCACUCCCUCACCUCCACCUCCACCUCUUUCACCUCCCUCAACAUCGCCCAAGCCUAACCUUCCUUCUGCCCCUACGACUCCCUCACCCAACCCCAACCUGUCCUCUCCUACGACCUCUCCACCGCCCCCCUCGCCUCAGACUGCGCGCACAUUCUCGACAUCAUCAACGACACCCAGCCCCGCGGGUACUGGACGUUUGACACUUCUGAUCUCGAAAAGGGGAUCACGCUAGUCGGGUACGGGAGUUGUGCGUUUGAGAUGAUCAAGGAUGGGGAGGUUAGCGAGGGUGAUACUGAGGUUGAGAACAAUAAAAGGACAGAACAGGUCAAGUGGGGGGUGGAAGAGCUCAAGUUUUAUUUGGGGACGUGGUUGCAGAAGCAGAGACAUGGGAGGCUGGGGGCGGUGGGAGAGGUGGAUUGUUGGGUGGAGGGGGAGCAGAGGAAGGAGGAAGGGGGGGUGAGGGUUAGGUGGAUGGUUGUGCGGCGGCAGCAGGAGAAGUAGGUAGGCUGAGGACGGGACGUGGAGGAGGGAAGGGGGGAAGACUGGUGGGUUAUGGUUGGUGAUUAUGAAGGUGGUGGUGGUGUUUCCAUUGCUCGAGUAGAACUAGGUUUGUUUGGUGUAUAAUUUGGAGGAGAAGCGUGGUUGUUACAAUUGUUGUCUUGUGUUCAGGGAUUAGUUCUAGACAGUAGUACCUUAACCUUGUAGGUACUAGUCUUGGGUAUCACAUAUCUGCC